AUGGCGGGAGCUUUCAGUGGCCAUCUCGUCGACUCUUUCCUCUCUUCCCAGCAAUACUGCCAACCAUUAGCUGCGAGUUCUCUACAGAUCGCCACACACGGAUCAAUGUCGUUCGCGCCACAAAUGCACGGAAUACCCUCUCAAUCCUCAUUCUCGUUUCAACCGUCGUUCAUGGACCUCUCGGAAGACACGGCGAAGAGGAUUGCCACGCUGCAGGCGAAGCUCGACAAGAAGCUUGGCCCGGAGUACAUCUCGCAGAGACCAGGGCCUGGUGGGGGACCCAAGUUAACAUAUGCUGAAGGUACCUUCUUUAUUUGA